CAGCAGUAGAAGCAACAACCUACUUCCGUUUUAAAGUAUCCAAGCGACGUUAUACUUUCGGUGUCUUCAAAUGGUGAUUUACUAUAUUUUUGGUCAUCAAAUAAACCAUGGAAAUACAUCUGACUAGCUAGGCAUAAGGUAGCCUAGGCCUAAGUCUGAACUGAACCAAAACAUGAUGGGUGAAAGCCAUAACACUGUGAAUGGUAUAACUAUGCUGGGCGCUGGACCUUCAACACCUGUCAUCUUUGAAAGACCCAAAUCUGGAAGGAGAUCAACAACACCUAAGCUUUUGCAACGCAGUGGAAGUACUCUAGAAAUGUUAACUGAAUCAACUGGGUCAAAAAUAAACGAACAUCAGCUAGGAAAAUUGGAAACAACAAAAGAUCGUGUAAAUUCAAGUUGUUCACGGUCAAGUCGAAAAUGUGUUGAUACCGUAUCUGCGAAUUGGAAUACUGGUGAUGAUACUACGUUGUGUUCAGGAGCUCACAAAAAAGUUGUUUUACCGUCAGUGAAGAGAAACUUUGAAAAGCAAGGAAUGCCAAAUAAUGAGGUUAUUGAAUCAUUUAUUCGUAGUACAACUCCAACAUUGAAUGAAUCUUGCGUUCAUAACACAACGCCAACAUUGAAUGAAUCUCGCGCAAAACAUGAACCAAAACCAAACUCUUCCAUUGGCAUUAGUUCACUGGAAACUGGAGUAUGUGGGAUUCAGCUUCAACCAAAAGAAAGUGCGGCAAAAGAUAAUGUUAGUGAGCAAGUGAAGAGUUUAAGUGAUGAUUAUUAUGUUAGUCAUGGUUAUAGAGAAUCAUCUUGUGAUGAUCUUCAUUCAGUUAACCCAAAACAUGGUAGAGAGUGUAAAAAAAAUGUAAAUAAGCCAAGUGAAACACAGAAACCCUCAAAAGAGGACAAAGAUGACAGCAGUGAGGAAAGUGAAGAUGGGGAGGAGGAUGAGAGGAAGGCACCAAUUGAACUGUUAGGUGAAUUCCUUGAAGCUGUGAUGGAUGAAGAUUUUCAGAAUGCACAGAAACUUUGUCAAAUGAUUUUAAUUUAUGAGCCGGAUAACAAGGAAGCAAAUGAGUUUAAGCCUCUAAUCGACGAGGAACUAAGAAAAGAAAGAGAAAGACAGCUUUGGGGAAGUAGUAGUGAAGAUGAGAGUAGUGAUGAAGAUGAAGAGAGUGAUGAAGAAACAGAUACAAGUGGGAAUGAUGAUGAUGAAGAAACUGAUGAUGAAUCUGAUGAAGAUUCAAAUUGAGCAGCCAUUUCAAUUGAAUAUUUUUUUUUUUACGUGAUGUACUGCAAGCAAAAAUGUUUUUUUGUUAAGGCAAUUAGAGUUAAAUACUGAACAGUAAAAAUAUUAAUUAAAAGUGGUGGAGUUUAUUCAUGUAUAGAGAAAUCAAUGCAAGUUUCAGAAGGUUUUACCCUAAUAAUAUACAGUAUAUUGUAAUUAUUCAGCCAAUUGUGAUGUCAUCAUUUGAUCUUUAAUGCAAUUUUCCUAUCCAGUUUCAUCACUGAUUUAUUGGUAGUGUCAUUCUGUGUGAAAUGGCGUUCAUACCCUGUAUGUAACAAAAUAUUAUGAUGAUCAUUAUUCAUUAUUAUUAUUUAUUAUUAUUAUUAUUAUUAUUAUUGUUUUUAUUAUUAAUAAUUUAUUAUUGUUUUUAUUAUUAAUUUAAUAUUAUUAUUAUUGUUGUUUUUAUUAUAUCUAAAUACAGUAGUAGUAUUUUAAAUUAAUAUACAGUAAUUAACUUUUCAUAGAGCUUUAAUGAAUUUUAUCAUUAUUUAGUUACGAUAGGUAAACUGGAACAAUACUGUACACAGUAAUGCAUUAUUUUAAUUGUAUCUGAUGGUAAAAUCGGUGCUGCACAAUACGACUUGUCGUCUUACAGUCUAGCAGAUCAAAAUAGUCUGUUAUCCACUUCUCAUCACGCAGCUUUCUCUGUUGAAACAGGGCCGGAUUAUAGGGCUGUGGGGCCUGGAGCUGUAAUUGCAAGUGCGCCUGAAUACUCUGUGGCUAAAACAUAAAACCUGAUUUUUCCUGGGGGUCAGGGGGCCUAUUUUUCCCCAUUGGGGCCUGGUAGCCAAAAAAUACAAAGCAUUCAAAUACUGUAUACUCUAAUUUUUAUUUUUUCUACUAGUCUGAAAUUGGAAUUCGAGUCGUCUUCCAACUUCUGCUGGAGUCGGAUCCUGCAAACAUCAGGAUUAUUUACAUCACUUAUAACAUCUUAAUUUUCUUAAGCCUCAUAUUGAGAAUUUUUUCCAUUAUGCAUGCGGACAAUGUGUGUAACAUAAUUGUAGAUGUGUUUUAUUUGAAGAUGUCUUCCUACCUUUGGUGAAAGUGGUUAAAUCACUCGCUGUUAGAUGGAAAUGGAAGAGGAAAUUUAGUACAUAGCUUCAUGGUAAUAUUGAUUGUUGAAAAUAUGUAGGGUAUUUUUAAAUUUGGAUAGUCUAUGAAUUCCAUAAAAGAUAAUAUCAAUGCUCUCAGUGCCAUAACUAUACGGUAAUGUUUAUAAAUAAUUGAUGUUCCAUACAAACACUUUAGAUUUUUUUGUUUUACUGUAUAAUGUAUUAUUUCUCUCAUUUGAGUGUAUUUCUUUAGUGGUUUCAAUUAAGUUACCACUUCUUGAGUGCAGUGUCUUAAAUGAUGUAUGUCAAAAUUGUAUAUACACUGUAUUAUUAUGUAGAUGAUGAAAAAUAAAUUGCAAGUACUGUAUUUA